AUGCGAUUUGAUUACUACACAGCCGCCGUCUUCGGCCUAUUUGGCGCGGCCCUCUCCCUUGACGCUAACUUUGACCCGAUAAACAAGCCGACUAAGGGAGAAACCAUUCAAGCCGGCAGCCUAUACACCAUCGAGUGGGAAAAGUCAACCGAAAGCUAUUCCGGCCCGAUCAAUAUUCUACUGCGAAACAACGAGACUACCUAUAGCGCAGGAUUCGAGGAGGUCAUUAGUGCCCACACGCCUAGUAGUGCGGGCAAAUACAGGUGGAAUGUUACAAGCAGACUUCCGACCAGCGACAAGUAUUACCUCAGAAUUGGGUCUAUCAACGAUGCUUCUAUUUUCAAUCAGUCCCCGCUGUUUAAGAUUAAGGGCUCCAACGACUCGGCACAUACAACUGCGAUCACCGCGAAGCCUACCACAACGAUGAUGACCACGAGCACCGCAGCUUCGUCUCCUACGGGGUCUAAUAGUACGGGUCCGAUCUCGACAUCUACUGGCGCCGGCAGUGCAGCGACCCCAGCUGUCGCUGCUGCAUUCGCUUAUGUCGGUGCCGCAGCUGUUGGCAUGCUCGCUUUCUGA